AUGGCGCCUGCUAGCUCCGGCGGAGCAGCAGGGGAGGGGUGGCAGCGGCCCUGGGGGCGCGGCGGCCCGGGUGGCGCCGCGGCCGUGGUGCUCGCCGAGAGCAGCUCGUCCGAGGCCGAAGCCAGGCCACCCCCAACGAGGGCCGCAGCGUCCCUUCCUGGUGGCCGAGGCCUCCGCGCCGCGCUUGCCCUGCUCGGCACGGGCGCCCUGCUGGGCGUGGCGGUGUUGCACGGCGCCCGUGGAGGCGCGCCGCGCGGCGGGGCAGCGCUGCGGCUCGGCGAGCGCGGCGGAGGCGUGCUGCUGCAGAGAUCCGAGCGGAAGGCCACCUUAGCGGGCGCAGCCGCGCCGAAGUCCGCGGCUGCGACGCCGAAGGCGCACGGAGCCCCGGCUGCGCCCGUGGCGCUCGCCGCUGCGGAGGACCCGGAGCACCUGGGUCCGUGGAACAUGCCGCUGGAGAACCUCUCGAGGACCGAGCUGAUCGACCGGGUGAAGGUCCUGCAGGCCAUGCAGGCCGGCCACUCCGCCGCGCUGACGCCCCCGGCGCUGAAAGGCGGAGGCGCUGCCGAGGAGGGCGACGAUGCAGAGGCCAGCAUCACCAACAUGAGCAACUGCGGUCGGAAGUGCCUGGUCGGCGUCCUAGCCAAGGCGCUCAUGAACAAGAGCAUGAGCAAGUGCGCUUCCGACGAGCAGAAUUGUAUACGCCAGAGGUGCUGCGACGGCCCCGGCCUGCAGUGCUAUGCGAAGAACCAGACGCACGGCAGGUGCAAAGCCGACUGCGUGCCAGGCCCGGACUUGAAAGACGAGGAGGGCGGCCUCUGGAGCUGCAGCGCCAUUGGCGUCCGGGCGGCCGGCCAGCCCGCCCAGUGUUCCAAGCCAGGC